AUGCGAAAUCCGGAUAGACUGCAGAAGGAUCUGGAGUUCCUACCCUGUGGAGCCAAUGCUGACAAGGCAAAUGAACCGAAUAUUCUUGAGGCCAACUGCAAUGAUGGUGACGUUGAAAUAGGGACAACAGAGCCUCCGGUUCCGCCACCUCCAUACACUACCAAUGACGUGAAUCAUGAAGAGAAUAUGCCGGAUUCCGCUGAAAAUGUGGAGGAACCAUUUCCGGAGGGACAAACACCAGGUGAACGUGAUGAUGGGGGUGAUGACCUGGGUAAGUUUGUUUGGAACAGUUUGCCGGUUUAGAAACAACAUUUUUCGUUAUUCAGUUGGAUGGUAAAAAGAAACUCAUGAGUUGUCUUACAGUAUUUUCUGCUUAUCUAUGACUCCAGAUCUAUCCGCAAAACCACAUUUUAAGUAGUUCUGCUGGCCAACUUGCUUGGGCAGUCUUUGGACGCUUUUGCUACAUGUUGUCGCCUACCAUCGUUAAAUCGAAAAUUGCAUGAUGCUGUUAAUCCAUGAGGCCAGAUGUUCUGGUGAAAUUUGAGCGAACCUACAGAAACCCGCUAGACCUACUAAUGUCAAGUUUUUAGGUGCCUAAACGGUGACUAUAGGAAGUUCUCGUGGAGUGGUUCUGUAUUUAGACGUAUCAGUUUGCUUUCCAAUGACUCGUAUCCGGAGGAAUUGCUAGCCCUGGUGGUUGGUUUUUCACUAAGGCUACAGUGGAAUAAAUUGUCCAGUUCUGGAGCAUGCGUUUUACGGUGGAUCGGUGGGAAGUUGGUGACUAUCUGACGUUUUCUUGAAGUGCAGUUAGACUGACGUUUGUUAGUAGGCAAGAGUAUAACACCGUACUCUGAAAGCAAUAGCAUUUUUGGUGGUCGUGGCAAUUUUGGUUCUUCAAUCUCGCUCGUAAGGCAGUUGGUGCCCACUGGGGCCACGUUAGUCAUAAAUGGGUAAGAUGGCCACCGUUCUCUGCUAACGUAAGGCUGAAAGCACUCUACUAUCAUCUAUCUGAAAAGCAUUGUUGACCCCAUCACCUGAUAGGACUCGAAGUUGUUUGAAGAGCACUGAAAACAAUUCAGAAAAAUUCUUGGAAGAAGUUGGUUGUUGAGACUACUCAGCCUGGGACGCAUCCCGACGAAGCGCAAUAUUGUUUAGGAUAUUGCCUGAAGCAGAAAGACAUAUGUCCUUCUAAUUUUGCAGACGCGCCGUAUAAACCACUGUUAAUUUGCUUUUAUUCUUACAUUUGACAGUUGGAUUAACCAUGUUCGUGGAGGGUAGAGAACCCGGUCACGAAGCCGCUGCCUCAUCUGCUUUUUCACGUGACCCUGGGCAGGACGCGCCUGCAACGGAAACGAAACCAAUACAGACGCCGAACAACCAGCCCGACGACCUAGAAUUCUUGCCCGACCGAGGUGAAGAAUCGAAAAUUCCUGAGGCCAACUCAAAUGUGGUUGAAGUUGAAAUAGGGGUAGCAGAGCCUCCGGUUCUGCAACCUGCAGGCACUGCAAAUAACGGCAGCCAUGAAGAUAAUAUGCCGGAUUUCGCUGCUAAUGCGCAUGAGAUCGAAACAUCUCCGGGGGAACAAACACCCAGUGAACCUGAUGAUGAGGAUGGUGACCUUGGUAAGUUUGUUUGGAACAGUUUGCUAGUUUAGAAACGACAUUUAUCGUUAUUCAGUUGGAUGGUAAAAAGAAGCCCAUGAGCUGUCUCUCUGUAUUUUUUACUUAUCUAUGGCUUCAGGUCUAUCCGCAAAGCCACAUUUUAAGUAGUUUUAUUGGCCAACCUGCUUGGGCAGUCUUUGGACGCUUUUGCUACAUGCUGUCGCCGAUUUUCGUUGAAGUGGAAAUUGCAUGAUGCGGUUUAUUUUUAUAUGGUAGAAAUUAAUUUGGAAAAAAAUGUUUGUUUAGUAAGUGUUAAGACCUUUGCCAAAUGUAGAAAGCGCUGAUUUUUGUUCGUGUUUCACUAAUGAUCCUACGGUAAAACACUGACUACGUAAAAACGUACGGUUAGAGUUGACUGAACUCUACCUACUUUUCGGACUAGACAGGAAUGCGGAGCUCUCAUAAGGGAGAGAGCUAGGGCAGACAGGGGGGCUAUGUUGAAAGAAAGUAAGGAAAUCAACAGACCUUUCAUGAGGGAUACUUAUGCAUUUACGAAAGUUUACUGGAUAGUGCGCCUUUAAUUCGCGAAAUCUGCUUGAAAGAUUACUGUUGUUGAGAUUUAUACUCAAACCUUGAUCGUUUAAAUCUUAUGUUUGAUAAGUUUGCCAUGUAUUCAUCAUAAUAUAUGAUAAUAGGCCCCUACGACCAGGCUCGCAAUACGGGCACUGUAACAUUUCGUGAAAGGGAUAACACGCGUUAUGUGGAUUGUCCAUCCAUAAAAAUGCGAGACAUAGGGGUAUGGUGACGCUCCUAGUCUUUGGAUUACGUCGCGCCAGCCACAUUUGCCCAAUCCGCGCAACGGAUAGCUGAACAGCUUGGGCAGUGGAACUGAUGCCUGGGGUAUGGGAGCUGGGGGGGAAGGGGGGGGUAGAGAUUGAGGUUGACUCUGGGGACUGCUUCUCCGCGACACCUAGCGCAUAUGCCUCUCUAUAUGCAGGCUGACGCGUUCUCUAACUCUGGUAACACGCAGAAAUACUUGAUUUGAUAGGAUAACGUGGUACUUCUCUCAGGACGGAGGGUGGGGCUGCGAUGGUUCUUUCUUACUGUGGCCUCUGUUGGACAAUCCCUCAAAUGGGAUCAGAAUCGUCCAUGUGUUUUUUUUAAUAAAACCCGGUAUACCUUGCUUGGGUCAGGGCGUGUGCGGCACGCGUAGGUGGACAGUUCAGCACUGUCAGCCAUCGCGCUUAGUCUUGCCUUUGGUACAGUAGAUGUGCUUAAUCAUGAGAUGUCAACCAAAAUUUCGAAAUGCGUUCUCGUUUUGAAAAGAUAAAUUAAGUAGUGUUGUAAAACUUAUCAUGACGCAGCAUAAAUCUAUAAUGAUCCAGUUACCACAGGCUGUCGGCUUUCAAAAGAACUUAUUUUCAGCUGCCUGCAAGAUCUAUACUCUGCAAAAAUGACUGCAUAUGAAGUAUGCAAUUUUCUCAUUGAUUUUCAAUGCCCUUGAAAACUGAUUUAUAUUUCAUGGAAAUUAUGCGUAAAAGUAUUCAUUUUUUACUUAUUCGGUAGGAAAUCACGUCUUCUUCCAACUUUAUACCCAAAAGAAGAGUAUAAUUCGGUUUUAAAAAUUUUUUCUAAUUCCCGAACAAUUUUAAACCCGACCUGCUCUUACACUUGCAUUCAGGGUUUCAAAACUCCAAGCUGUAUAUUUUCCGUGUACGGAAAACUAUGCAUUUCUCUAUGGUGUUAAGAGAAGACCUUAUGAUGUUCAUAAAAUUAAGCAGGGGAUUUGAGCAAUAUUCUUAACUUUACAAGCCACAUUCGUAAAUGCAGAUGCAUGAUAUUUCAUGAACGGCCAUUUAACAGUAUUAAAAAAUCUGAAAAUUGUAAACUUUUUUAAAACCGAAUUAUACUCUUCUUUUGAGUAUGAAGUUGGAAGAUGACGUGAUUUUCUACCGAAUUAGUAAAAAAUGAAUACUUUUAUGCCUAAUUUCCAUGAAAUAUAAUUGAAUUUUCAGGGGCAUCAAAAAUCAAUGAGAAAAUUGCAUACCACUUAAGCAGUCAUUUUUUGCAGAGUAUAGAUCUUGCAUGCAGCCGAAAGUAAAUUUCUUCGAAAGCCGACACCCUGAGGUAACUGGAUCAGUAUAGAUUUAUGCUGUAUCAUGAUUAGUUUUGCAACACUACUUAAUUUAUCUUUUUGUAACGAGAACGCAUUUCGAAAUUUUGGUUGACAUUUCAUGAGUAAGCACAUUUACUUUACGCUUGACGCCAUCUUGACACAGCAGGCUCCAGGGUGUUUAGGAAGUGGGAGAGUGUGGAAGAUGCUGUGCAUGUCUGCUGUCAUCUCGAGCUAAUUCACUUGCAAGUCACCAUACCUGCGCCCACCUAAAUUUUUUUACUUAUCUGUGUAAGAAUUGGCUGUUAAAAAUUGAUAGUGAGACGGUUUCUGGAUCGCCGUAGGCUCCCAGGCAUUGGACUUGGUUUAGACUUCGAAGCCCGUGAGUACCUAAGCAAAUGACGACAACCAAGUUCCCACGACAAACAGUAAAACAAUAUCGCCGUCUCAUCAACGAGGUGAAUAAAGUUGCGAUUAAGUAAUGGAAAUCUUCCUGACAGGGGUAGGUUGUUAAAGAUGCCCUUUCGGCGUUUGCUCGGUUUUCAUUGCAUAUGAUCCAUUUUUGGCUAUCACUUUGCUCUCCUGUGGACGAUGAUAGGUCGUAGGUUGCCAGUCCUAAUUUGUGAAAUUAACCACCUAUAACCUCGACUUUGAACAGGACCCGCGAACCUAAGCGUAAAUGUAAGUGAAAUUUGAAAAUCCUACUAGUUGUAACCCAGGUAUUAUAAUAAGUGUUUACACUUCUUUUGUUAUUGGGGUUUUGCAUCACACAGCGUCUAUGAAUUGAAGAAUAACAUCGAUGAUUGACGUUUUUUCGCUUACAGAGGAAUUGAGGAUCGUUCUUAGAAAUUGUGCCACCUGCACAAGGAACUUGAUCGAAUUGCUCGUGAAGGAGCGUGCUGUAUUCAUGAAAGUACACAAAGAUUGUCUGAUAUCGUCCACUGUGGGAACGUCAGUCUCAACGUUUGGAACCGUGCUAUCGGUGCUCGGAUUAAUUGGGAUACCAAUAACCCUUGGUUCAUCGUUAAUUCUUACUGGUGUUGGGGCGGCAAUGGUAACCACAGGCGCGGCUACAAGCAUCGGAACAAGCGUAGCUCGCAGUGUUCUAAACAAGUAA